CUAUUUUCAGAAACACACAGUUUCCCAGUAUUAGCUUGGACACUCCGAUGUCGUCUGGCGAAGUGAUGACAUACGGUGAAAUACACAGAAUAUCAACAUCAUCCCCAGAUACCUCACCACCCGGAACCUCGACACAAGACGACACGGACGGAUGCGCGGUUUGCGGAGAUCGAGUUAAUGGAAAACGAUACGGAGCACCUGCGUGUCUUGGAUGUAUUGUAUUCUUUCGAAGAGCUGUCACUAAUGAGGUCACGUAUAAGUGUCUCAAAGGUGGAACGUGUGUUAUUACAAAUGAAUCCCGAUGUAUAUGCCGAUACUGUCGACUUCAAAAAUGCUAUACAGUAGGAAUGAAGGCUUCAGCUAUUCAACGACGUGACGUCAUGGGACCUCGGAAGCCGAAAAUCAAGGAAUCUAUUGUAAAAACUGAAAUAAUUGAAGAAGUACCCAAAUUGAUAAUGUCAUCGAAUCCAUCGAGUACUGGAAGUAUGAGCGAGGGACCUCCCAAACACAAACGACCGCUGCUCGAGGAUCUUGUCGAAGUUCAACGCUGGCAGUGCUCCAAACAUCAUUCAUUUUUCGAGGCUCACGAAGCGAUCAAUUUGGACGGUGACUUGUACGCACAUAUGCAUCUAAAACUAAACGGAACACUACAUCGAAGAGCUCGAGCUCGUGACGUCAACAGUAUGCUCAAAUUGGGAUUGAUUGAUGCGGCGACGUGGGGAAAUCAAUUCGACCUGUUUCGACGCCUAAGCACUGAGGAAAAGAAGCACAUUUUGACAGAGUUUGGAUUCACUUUUAUGCUCGUCGAUCAGGGAUACAAGACGGCACAGAAGGCGGAAAAGGGAUUCUGGUUGUUGCAAAAUGAUACUUAUAUGCAUGAGGAUUAUUUUCUUGGACUCCCUGAGGAGGAUGCGAGGAAGGAGAAUGCGGCGACUAAAGCAAAACUUCAUCCACUAUUUGUGAACGAGAGUCUGAAUUGUGUCGGAUAUCCGUUCAAAAAUCUUCAAAUCGACGAACACGAGUGUGCUGUGCUAAAGACGAUACUUCUUUUGACACAACAAGGAGUAUUCAAACAUUGUGUGAAUGAAGUAAAACAUCUCUACGACUGUUGUAUGACUGAAUUAAUGGGACACUCGCAACGAAAAUACCCGGAUACGGCGGCCGAGCGCUUCGGGACCAUUAUUCUGCUGACAAGUUCGAUUCGAUGUGCGAUCAAUGCUCUUUACAAUCAGACACGGGUCUCUGAUGUAUUCGAUUUGAUGAAAUUUGAUCCACUCGUUAGGGAUGUUCUUUUAUCUUAAGGAAGGACUGAAAUUUAGAAAAAUUUGGAAAAUUUCAGCCCAAAAUUGGAGUUUUUGUGAGAAUUACAGUUUUGAGAAGCGUUUUUCCAGUCAAAUUCUGAAGUUUCUGAAAUUUUGAAAAUUUUCGUAAUUUUUUUUCAAUUUAUGAGAAAUUUCUGUUAAAAUAAAUUUCUACAAAAAUCUGAAAACAAUACGUUUUUUCUACUGUAAAAUCUGAAAAAUAUAUAAUUUUCCAAAAAAAAAACUGGCAAUUUCAGUAAAUUCUGUCAAAAUUUGCUGAAAAAUUUAUUUUUCCACAAAAAAAUGUCUGAAAUUUUCAAAAAUUUUCAUUUUUUUCCGCAAUUUCUUCCAAUUUCUCUGGUUGUAUGUACAAUUUACAAAAGAAGAAUUUAUUGAUUUUUCACUCUCUGUUUCUCUGUUUCUCUCUGUGAUAAGUCACUCUCUACCUCCCUCCAAUUCCUAUGAACCAUUGUUUUUUUGGCUUAUUUAUUUAUUCUUUCCUCUGCUCUAAGGAGGCACUUGGUGCGUGCCUACGUGCCUACAGGCCGCCUGCAGGCAUCCCCUUCCCCCCUGUUCCGAAACAUUUACGAGUACGGUUUUUGGAAUGUAGCUAUCUUUUUUCUCCUAUCAUUUCCAAAUAUAUUUACAGAUUAUAUUAUCGAUAGAUCUCUAUUUUUUUUAUGAAUAUAUUAGUUUUUUUGGAUA